AUGAAGUCACCCUUUUCCCAGGUCCUGUCGCUUGCGGCUCUCGCAUUGACAUGGAGCCCUACCCAAGCAGCCCAACUCGCAAGACGCGAUAUCACCAUGUUCGAAGAGCGUUUUCUUAACUCUCUCGAAUAUCAGCUCCCCAACAAUACAAUCAAGCUGAUCGGAUUCAAAAAGGUCAAGGUUCCGGAGCACGAGCUCGGCGACCUGAACCAGCACUACAUGAGCAACCCUAAGGAAUGGGGAAAGCUGAAUAAUUAUUUCUACGACCCGCCCAGCGGUACAUUCAGAAUAUAUUUCCCUGUGGAGGGAGCAUUAGUGUCCCACGACGGGGAACAACACGAGGCAAACCACCUGGGAGAGCUCAACCUGCAGAAAAUCCACGGCGAUUGCUCAGUGCUGGGGAGAAAACAGACGUCCCACGUCACCGGGGUCGAAGGCAAUAUAAUUAAAAACGGUAUAAUUUAUCUGGAGAACCCACCCAGGCCGCACGCUCAGUAUGGGAACGCCUACGUUUACGACUUUGGGGUCAAGGUUGUACUUGAUCACGACCAUAGCGGGCGCCUCCAGAAGCGAAGCGGGAAGAAAUCCUGCAUGAACAAUCACGGUGGCCCCAAUUGCAGCAAUAAAUACAACAUCCACGGCAAAUGCAAGAGACGCAGUGAUGUAUGCAUGGACUACAACGGAUGGUUUUCCAAUUGCAAAAAGAACGGUCCCACCUGGAGAAAUUUCCCCGGAAGCGACUGCGACAAGGCCCUUGGCCGCGGCCAUUGUUGGAAUGAAGUUAUGUAG